AUGACUGACAAAUUCUCUGAAGAGGUUUGGCUUCUGAUAGCGCAUCAUAUUGCUAAUAACGACAAUAUACCACAAGAAGAGCAAUGGCAUUCACAUCAAGGCAGGUCAAGUGACUUGAGAUCGUUUUCAUCAACAUGUAAACGAAUGAAUCGAGUAGCGGGACCAAUUCUAUGGCGCAAUAUCAAAUUGAAUGCCAAGGAUUUGUAUGAAAAUUUACCACUUUUUGAACUACUUUGUGACUAUUUUGAUCAGGAAAAUGUGCGCUGUCAUAUUCAAUCAAUCACAAUCGAUGUGAGAAGGACAGAUGAUUAUGAAAUUAUGGCUUUGUACGAUGAACGUCGCGAAUAUUUUGAACAGCUCUGUGAAGAUGCCGGACUUGCAACUUUGACAAAUUUGAAGGAUUUUGAAAGGCUGCUAGACAGAUUCGGUCAAAAGCUUUCCCGAUGUGGUUCUUUACAACAUUUUGCUUGGCGUGGCAUUUAUAGACCAACAAGAGCUCUGUAUGAAUCGUUGAGCAAGUGUAACCGAUUAGAAUCUUUUUCCUUAGAUAUCGGUAGAGACGAUCUGCCAUCCGCACCGAACGAGGGCACGGAGGAUGAUGAAGAUGAUCCAUUACAUCUACUUGCGAAAAAUGUCAAAAAUGCAUGUUUGGGAUUUGGACUAUGGAGCUUCGCUUGGUGUGCAAGACCAAAUGGGGUAGCAGAUGAAGAAGGGCGCUAUCUUGAUGUUCGGCGUGAAGGUUCAAUUGCUCGAAUAAGCGGUCUUGAUGCUUGGCUUUCAGGGGAGAAUGUAUUGGAAAAUCUUCAAUUGGCUGCACCUAUACUCUUUUACCAGCCAUGGUUAAUCCCUUUGUGGGCAAAAUUAUCCAGGCUAAGCCUUUGUGAAAACGAAGACAACGAUUUCGGUGAGCGUUUAGUGGAUAUCGAUCGACCCUACGCUACAGCAGCCCUCUCUUUUCAUGCCCUAUGUAAGGCGGCUAAACCGAAAGAUAGCAAUGAGUUAUUUGACCUUAUUCAUAGUCAUGAAACUUCAAUCCCUUGGCGAUCUUGGUUUUCUACAACUGGCGACGAAGCCUUCAAGACUGUAUGUUCAUCUAUAUUUUCACAAUGA